AUGCAUCAAAUUUUAUUUGAGUAUCAAUUGAAUCUCUUUUAUUCAAGUUUUAGUAUCAAAGAAAAUAAAAAAUUUAAUAUUGAAAAGUAUAAGUAUAUUAACCAUUUUCAAAUACACUUUCCUUAUUUAAGAAAAUCCAGAAUUAAUUAUAUCUUCAAUUAUUAUAGCUUAGAAGAAAUUAAAAAAAAUCUUAGAUUAAUAUCAAUAAGGUAGCAUCAAUUACAUUUUAAUAAUAUUUCUAAACUAUCUAGAUAUUUGGAAUUUUCGAUAUAUCCCAUAUAUGGAUACUAUGUUAAUGGAAGAUUUAUAAUGAAAGUAGUAUAUUAGAGAGAAUUGGAAGAUAAGAAUUUAAAUGAGUUAAAGACAAAAUUAAAAUUUAUUGAUAGUUCAAAAAUGCAUGAAUUGUUUAAUUAAUGA